GAGGCCACCAGCACCAGCCUCUGCCGCUGACAGCAUGCUCUGGUUGCUUCUGCCCCUCACGCUUGUCUUCUCCUUCAGCCCAGGGAACACAGCUUCACAAGACGGCUCAAACCCACUGACGGUGAAUGGGGUUCUGGGGGAGUCGGUAACUCUUUCCCUGAAGCUUCCUGUACAUCAGGAUAUUGAGUCCAUCACCUGGCUUCACAAUGGAAAAUCUAUCCACUUCAUAUUGCCAAAAGCUGCUCCGGAUUUGCGGAUCUUGGUGACUGAUCCAAAACGGAAAGAUCGACUGCAACUGAUGGAGAACUACUCCUUACAACUCAGCAACUUGGCAACGGCAGAUGCAGGACUUUACUGCGCCCAGAUAACCACACAGACCUCCACAGAGUUUUCCUACUACACUCUGCAGGUCUUCAGACGACUGAGGAACUUACAAAUUGCCAAUCACACGUGGCUGUCUGAGAUUGGGACCUGUGAGAUCCACCUGACCUGCUCUGUAGAGAAUUCAAAUGACACCUUCUUAAGGUGGCAGGUUGUAGGAAACACGUCUAUAAAUGAAGCAAACCUCACUAUUUCCUGGGACCCCAGGAAUUCCAGUGAACAGAAGUUCACCUGCAUAGCUGAGAAUACUGUCAGCAAUAUAUCCUUCUCUGUCUCCACCCAGAGUCUCUGCGAAGGUGUUUUGAAUAUGAAAAAUCACCCUGAUACCAAAUGGAUUAUAAUUGUGGUUGUGGUUACUUUGAUAUGUAUAGUCAUCACUGUGGGGUUACUUGUUUGGAGGAAAAAAGAUUGUUUGUGGAAGACAGGUAAAGGGAGGGAGGAUGGUCCACUGGGACAACCCCUGGGAUGUGACCACACACCUGCUAAUUUCCCAAGGAGGAGAGACACCUGCAUCUUUCAUUUUUCUACUCCACAAACCCAGAGUCCUGCAGAGACCAUAAGGAACUUAGAUUAUGUCUCCGUCUCUCCAGGGAACACCGUGUAUGCUCGUGUCACUCAUCCAAACAGGCAAACAAAUAUCCUAACACCUGUGAAAAGCAGCGAUUUCUCCACCAUUUAUUCCACAGUUCAUCAGUACAAAGAGAGUAUACCUAUUUCUUCCAGGACAACUGCCCUUGACAACGUCAUCUAAAUUGCUGAGAGGUCUCAAAAGGAACUCAGGAAUGACACAGCUUCUCCUGAUCUCAUGGGAGAGAACACAGCUUGGUUUCUGCCUAGCAACAGAAUUCGAAUAUUUAGGAUUAUCACUUCCAGUUCUUUGGACUAGAACCUGCUCAAGUAUGUCAGACAUCUAAGGAACAACAUCAUUUCCAGCGUGUGAUCCAAAUAACAUUUUCUAAUCUGCUCCAGGCCAAAACAUGCUUCCAUGAACAAGCCUGGGCAUUGACUUUCUCUUUGGCAGCUGAUGGGAUUGUGCUUGACAGAGAGUUAUAAUUCAGAAGACAGCCACUCCUCUCCUUUUAGAAAGGAGCAGGAUUGUGAUUCACUGGGAGAGAGUACAGUAUAUUUGUUAUGUAUGUUGUCUCUGGAAUUGGAUGGGCCUUGUCCCAAAUCCUCAUACAUCACUUACUAGACCUACCUCCUGGAACAUGUUCUGGAACCUCUUGAGGUCUGGUCUCCUAGACUGAAAAAUGGGGAUCAGCCUGUUACUCAAACCGGGAAUCAGAGUUAGCCUUGACUUCAGCUGUUCCAUCACCAGGCCCUUUGGACUCUACCUCCAAAUACGUAUCUUAGACUGACCCACUUCUCUCCAAAACUUUAACCUCCACCCUAUAUUAACCCAUCAUCAUGUCCAACCUGGAAUACGACAGUAAGCUCCAAACAGAUUUUCCCAAUUUUUGUUCUUAUCUCCCUCCAAUCCAUUCUCUAAAAGACAGCCGGAGUAAUAUUUUUAAUAUAAACCAGAUCCUUCACUUGUCUGCUUAAAACUGACCCUGCAAGACAUCCCAGGCACUCCAGAAAGAAACUGAGUCUCUGUGGUUCUGGAUGGCCUGGCCCAUCUGCAGCCUCAGCCACCAUGUCUCCCUCCCACCCCUCUCUGAUUUGGCUUCUCUGAUUCUUUUUCAGCCCCUCCAUCAGAGGAGAGAGUUUGCUCACAUCUGCCUCAAGACCCUUCUCUGCCUGCCUGGUUCCUCCCUACUCUACAGGUCCCAGUGCACAUAUGUCAUUCUCCAAGAAAGACCUUCAGACCACUGUAACUGAAGUGGAUCCCCCUGUUAUUCUGUCACACCUUCCAUGUCAUUUACAUUGUGCCGUUAAAUAUUUAUUUGUAUUUAAUGUCUGUUUCUCCUAUUCUACUGUACACUCUCCAGGAACAGGGACCACGACGAUUUUAUCUCUGUAUCCGGAGCA